AUGCCCUGGGCUAGGUCACUAAUCGGAAAGCAGGAUGAGGGUAAACGUCUUUCAAGCGAGUCGGAAAGCGAAGAGGUGUCCGAAGACGAUGAAGGUAUUGCUAGCGUCUCGAGAAGAAAAUCACAACGGAUACGUCUCUGCCGUGAACUUUCCGACCUCAUACCGCAAUUUCUUCAAUUGAAAACCGUUAAUGACCUCAUGGCAACUGCUCCAAAUUCUCAAACAAUGAAUCCUCGACGGCAUAUUGCGUAUCUAAGCGAGACGAUUGCCCUAAGGCUCACACACACCUACGCACCAGAGUUUGCCCAAACCUCUAGGGAUUAUGUGGUUUGUGUUUCUCCAAAUGUGACCCGAACGGACUCAUCAAACGUAAAUCCACAAGAAUUCUGGAAUCAUGGAAUACAAAUGGUCGAGAUCAACUACCAAACUCCAGGAUUAAUGAUGGAUUUACAAGUGAGUUACUCUUGUUUUAGUUGGUCCUACGUGGAAUGGUUGUGGAUUUGUUAUUUAUUGACUGUUAUGCCAGAAUAA